AUGUUGGCGUGGGCAGAUGUGAGGCAGCGGUUGGGACACUUUGUUGGUGUUUCGGUCAAGAACAUGCUGUAUCGGAGCGGUUUCAUUGAUGCCAUCGAUGAGAGCUGUGGCGGUGCGGUCGGCCUGCUCUGUGGGAGAUCCCUUGUUGCUCCGGUGAGAGAGCAGAGCAUCAAACGGCCAGCGGCUUUGGGACAGUGGGGGAGUGUGAACGGAUUCAGGGAGGGGCCGCGACGAGCGACUGGGAUGGGAUGA